AUGACGAACCAGGCGCGCCAUGUGGUACUCUUCUCUCUUCUCGCAAUUCUCACAGUCCCAGGCUAUGCGAACGACAAAGAUACCCGCGAACGCAAUAGGUUCAAACCACAUGUCGGUAACUUUCCAAUUCCUUUCCACGAUGAUCGUCUCGACGGCAAGGUUGCACAGAUAGAAGCAAAUCAAACUCUCAGAGAAAACCUUGACACGCUCUCGUGGUCCGCGUUCUACUAUUGGGUUGACAACUUCGAUCCGAACUCGACCUUCGAGGCCACCGAGCUUCAGGCCCUCGCGCGGAGAGACUUACCCGGGGAUGACUUUCGGCAUCACUCCAGUUUGCUUGAACAAGCCAACGCCACGUACUUUGAGCAGCUGAAAGGGUUCAGCUUCAACGAAACCGCACUUUUCAACGAUAGUUUCGAUGACUUGGCCAUCAACUAUGUGGACGCUGUUGAGAAUUUCAGCAUUUCAACAUUCUACUACACCCUCGGCGCUUAUAUGGGAGUCGGAAAGAGUGUCGAGUGCAGCUCCCACAUCAAUGAAGUCCUCACAGUAACGGAUGAGUGGGAGAAGCUUGGAUCCUCAGCCGCUACCACUCUCAUGGCCUUGCUUCCGACCUUUCUUGCCUUCGGUAACCUGUACGUUCCACGAAGUUCAGAAGCCUUUGCAACCAGCUGGCUUAUCGGACUGGGAGCCGCUAUCUACAGCUUUGGCCUUCCAGUUCGUUCCAAGAAUGCAGUACCGAGCAAACGCGUUGUCCAAUUGAGUAGCUUCGGCAUUACUCUGUUGAACAGAAUUGGAUCCUACGGGACGGAAGAGUGCAAGGCCAGCUUGGAUGAGUUGAAGCGCUGGACCCAGAGCACCGGCAGCGCUCAGUAUGUUGAGCAGUUUGGCACAAUAAGAGCGCACGUCGAGCUAUUUGGGAAAAGGUGGCACUGGUGGCACAUACCAGCUGUCUUAAUUGCUGCGGCGCAGGCGGCAAUGUUCGCAUGGGCGGUGCAGCCACUCCUUGCUGCACCGGGAGUUCCACGCUUCAUGUUUGCGUGCGCCCAUCGAAAUUGGACAGGCUCAUACUUGGCGAUCUCUGCUGUUGUCAAUGCCAUCUUUCGCCUUCUUAUGUGGCAUGCCGCAGAUCACGAAGUAGCUAAGGUAUUCUCCUUGUCAGGGAGCUCGAAAGACUCGCUUCAAGCGAUGGUAGAUCGCAACCCGACCGUCACGACCAACAAAAGGUCCGUCCCCAUUCCGACCACUGCAUCGAAGCUACCGCCGCUUUAUCCUCCCUUCGUAUCAAGCAUUAUUAUGUUCUUCGGCAGAGCGCUCCCGCUGGGCUGGCUAGGUUGCGAGCCAGACGACCAUCCCCUGCGAGGCACUAUGAAAGACUUGAUCAAGGCAAACUUCAUCUUCCUGAGAUCUGUCCUUACGAAGCCACUCGACUUGGUGAAAUCCGGCUUCGCCACAACCAAAUCUGCGCGGCGCUGGCGGCCGCUCGUCAUCCUCAUCCACUUGUCUACCGAAGGUCGUCCGCAAUUGCGCACCCUGCUUACCGGCUUCGUCGAGGCAGCUUUGCUGCUAGUCUUGACGUUUUUCUUCGCCAGUCAGUGGGGAGGAAAUCUAUACAUAACUACUUGGGCUAUCGGUCUGCUGCUAGUCUUCAUAACUCUCGGAAGAGCCCUGGCGCUGAUAUACGUCUAUCUCAGCGCCCAAACAUGGGGGCUCCACGUGAUCAAUUGUGAUGACAGCGACGAAGUCCGGGGCUGUAUGCGCAUCAUUUGCAGCAUGCAAGAAGUGUUAGUCAUUUGUAACGGGGCGUCCUACUUCAAUGGUCACAGACUGGACUUCAUUGGGGAGGACUUUAAGAGGUGGAAGGAGCAGUAUGAUCGGGGCGAGUUUGACGAAGAGGAUUCGCUGGACUGCGGGUUCGCCGCCGAGAGUCAGUUCGACGACGCAGGCUGGAGGGCGUGGCAGAUCGAGUACACUCUCGCGCUCUUCGUCAGCCAGGCCGUCAUUGCAGAGCAGAGGAAGCGACGCUAA